AUGUUCCAAAAUAAUAAAAUUAAAGGCUACUCAUAUUGUGUUCCCUAUAUAUAUGCUUUUUCAGUUUAUAUGUAUUAACCACACAAGUGUGGUCGAAUGGUACGGCAGACUUGGAAAUAUGUUACAUUUCUAGAGUUUGAAAUCUACCAAACUUAGAUUAAUCCGUAUGUCUGGCGCCGGUAAACGGGCCUCCAAAAAAUUAGUCGGUUGGACUUCGGUCCGCCAUAUACCCAAGGGUUAUUAAAAAAAAUUAUACAUAUUUCUUAGCUGUUUAUCUUUAUUAUUUACAGACAUCACUUGGAAAAGAGAAAAAUAUAAUGUUGGUGUUAUCCAAGAGAAGAAUAAUAUUUCAUAAUGCUGAUCUGUUUUUGUGAAAAAGGAUAGAUACAAACUCAGAUUGUGUAGUAAUAAAUCCGUAUUCAUGAAUGUAUCUUCGAUACAAUUACCAAUAGUUCUGAAGUCUGGCUUAAGAAAAAAGAUAAUGACACUAUAAAGGUAUUCAAACCUUUCUGGGAUAAAGCUGUUAUUCUUCCUAGUUCAUGCACCAUAUUUGUCAUUUUGCUUUUAAACAUAGAAAUUAAAAGUUGAUUACGACCAAGAAACUAAUUAUAAAAAUCUCACAAUCUUUUAUACUAAUACUUUUUCACAUUGCAAAGAACCAACUGUAGUCAAACAGGUCAAGGCCAAGCAGUCUAAGUACAAUGUUUAUGAAACAUCUUCCACGUUGGGUUUUCCAUAUGUUACAUUGCAGUUUCCUUGUAUUUUAAGUGAUUAAAUAUUUCGUAUGAAUUUAGUGAAGAAUAAUAGUAUCCUUCCUUAUAGUGAAAGAUGUUACUUUGACUAGUUAGUUUCUUAAUUAAUAUUUUCUUUUGUCAAAGAAACUUUCGUAAAUGGAUUUAUAGUAGUACUAUAUUACGUACGUAGCAUAGACACAAAAUAGAAAAAUUAAGAUAAUUGAAAAACGUUGUUUUCAAAAUAUUAUAUUUAAAACUAAUAUAUUUUUGUAAUAUUGAUAUAUAUUACACUGCUAUUACACACACGAAAUACAACAUAUUCGAAUGAGUGAAUAAACAUCAAAUUAUAGUGGUGUAUUUUUCACACAAAUAUAGCUUUGGAAGAUAAAUUUAGUAAAAUCAAGAUGGUUAGAAAAUGACUCUAAACUAUAACCAUAUAGUAUUUUAUAUAAUUUACAUCGGUUCGUACAUAUUUCACAUAGAAUGUCAUGUUGGAAGACAAAAGAGAAAAAAAUGAUCAUAAAAUUCAAAAAUAUGGAAUCACAGUUUCACAGAAGAAUGCGAUUUUAAGACGGAGAGUAGAAUCACAUACCUAAAGAGACGACCAUAAUUUUUUUAUAUAUGAAUUCAAAGACUGAUUAAAUUUUACCCUUGAAGAUUUUAUACCAUAAUAGUUGAAGAACACUAAGACUAUUUUCUCAAUAAAUAGCGUCCUCACUUCUCCGAAUAUAGCACAAAGAGAUAAAGAUCACUUCUGAAUCCUUAAAAAAAUUAAAGAAAAAGAUUUUGUUAUGUCUUCUUCAACCUCUUCCACACCGCAACCGGUUGUCAUCCAGGCCAUGGAGGAGUUCAAGGAGAUAGCAGCAGAGAGCAACAAUCUGAUACUAGGGUCCCCACAGGAGGCUAUGUCCAGAAGUGAGAACCCUAGUUUCAGAUCCGAUCCUGUCCGAACAGGAAGUGAGAUCAUGAAGUUCUACCCAUCAAAAUCAAAUAAGAUCUACAUUUGUCACUUCUGCAACAAACGGUUCUCAACCUCUCAAGCCCUAGGUGGCCACCAGAACGCACACAAACAGGAGCGAGACUGGGACAAGAAGCGUAAGGAGAUGGAAGCAAACUUUCCAGGACUCUCCUUUUUGAGCCCUUACCUAGACAAGCCUCACUUGCUCUUAGGUGGGUAUUCACAAGAUGCUUUAUCGAAUGAUAAUCAUCUUGGGAUCACUCUUGAACCUGUACUCAAACGUACAAGAACAGGAUUGUACCCAUCGUUCGGUGGUGGUCUCACCAACGUGGCCAUAGUUCCUCGCAUGACUCCUACCCGCUUCUUCACUGGGACCACUUGUACCAAUGGUUCUUCUUCAAUGGGGCUUGCACCAAGACCCUCUUACAACAACAAUCCCCCGAUGAUUCCUAGAAACAUUCCUCCUUUUCCACCUCCUCCUCGAGCCACCAAUCUCUCUAGCGUUUGCUAUUCUCAAAAGAAUGUAUUGAGCGAAGAGAAUCUCAUCUCAAAGGUAGGGAAUGACAAGAUCGUCGAGAUUGAUGAUGAUGAUAAUGAUCAGCCAGAAAAAGGGACAUCUAAAAGCUGGGGCAUUGAUUUAUCUCUAUCCCUUUGAGUAAUAUUGUAUGUGUGUUUAUUUGGUUUUCAUUUUUGAGGUAUCAUAGCUAUUAGAGACCUCUCUCCAUACACCUCAUCUCUGUCUAUGAAUAUUGUUGUUCUCCUUUUUAUUGUAUUUCAGUUUAAAUGUUCCUUUGUCUGUAUCAUCUCUCCAUCUAUUGACAUCUCAUUGUGUCUUGGUUGUUUUUUUUAAUCUCUGAUUUUCUUUUUUUUUAUUGUUGUGAUUUAUAUAGCGUGAGUCU